CUCCAUUCAGUCUGGCGCGCUCUGGCCACAGCAGCGCGCUCUGCCUCUGUAACCUGUCUGAUGUGGACUUAAGGAUUUAAGACUGUUUUCCUCCAAACGCCUAAUCGGACCGCUCGGACUGGGAUUUUGAUCUUUUUGUGACUAUUCUGACCCCGCUGGCUGUUACCCGGUGAAACCGAAGAGUCCAGGCUUCUCCUGCGGUCACCCACGCUCCCUCCCACACAUGCUGCCCAAAUGCCCCACCCUGUGCUCCACCGGCUCUGCCUGGCAGUGACCCACAGUUAGUCCUCCUCUUGCGGGACGUUCAGGUUCCCGUUAAAAUGUCUGCGUGCGGCGAGUUUGCAGAGCACGUAUGGAAACCUGGCUCGUGUAAGAACUGCUUCCACCCGCGCAGCGCCCACACGCAGACGGAAGCGGCCGGUGGCGUCUGCCGAAGCAUCUGCAUCAGGACCAGUGUGGGUGGGGAUGAGGAGGAUGGGGGCACUUCACCCUCCCCCUACAGCAAACCCACCAUCGCUGUCCGGCCGACUAUGAUGAACACGGACAUAAACGAAACCGCAACACACAUCAACAUGAACUCAGAUCAGGAAACCCAGAAGAGCCCUGUCGGACUGAAGAAGAUUCUGGAUUUGGCUCCUCUGUACAUAGACAGCAAUGGCUGCAGUAAGGCACUGAGGGAGGCCGUGCUGCAGAACAGUAUUUCCAGCAAACUGGAUUAUCCUAGCAGGUUUUCCCCGAGUGUGCUCUCUCCCACUGGUUUCCCCAAAGACUCUGUGAUAACCAGCAGUGUCUUCGUCACUCAGGAGGAUGGCCUCAACUCUCAUAGUCUAAAGGAGAAUGGGAAUCGUGACCCAUACAGGCCACAGGUGGCCAAAUUGUCCAAGAGCACUUAUACAGGUCCCCAGGAUUUGAUUCUUCACAAUCAGGGACAGAGAAACCUUUCAGGAAGCUGUGAUGGGGUUGCAAACGUAGGGUCUCCUGUACAGGACAAGCAAGCACCUCUUGGAAUUGUGGCCAUAAUGAGUGUGCCUGGAAAUGGUGUGAACUUUGUGAGCAAGGAGAUGUCAAGUGCUUCAUCUUCCCCUGCAGCAACCCCUGACUCCCGGAAUGUCAGUUUGUCAGACUCUUGUUCUUACCGCAGCAGCACAGACUCAAUGAGCGGAACGGAUGUUUUCCACACUUGUGGUCCUGAGAGUACCUCUUCUUCAGGGCAGGCAAAUGGGCAAGGGGAUGGUGAGCCAAUCUAUGCUGAGAGUACCAAACGGAAACGGCGUCCACAGGUCAGUGCAAAGCCUCAGCAGGUGGAUGUGGAGGUCAGCAGCAAUGUGGAAAAUCAGAGGGCAACUAUAACUGUCAUGGCAGCCCACACAGAAGAGAACAACCGGACUUUCUACCUGAGCAGCCCCGAUUCUGCUGUGAGCACGCAGUGGGUUCACUUCAGUCCCACGACCCCAGACGACCCCUCCAGCCCAGCUUUCAGUUGGCCAUCUUCUCCAGCUACCACAGAGACGACCCCUAUGACCUCCACAGCUUCCAUCCAGAUGAAACCCCAAUCCAGCCCACCCAUUCCCCCCAAGAGAAACUCCCGAUCUCCAAAACUGGGCACCUCGAGCCUGUCCCCGGUUCCCCUACCUGAGCUUAGUUUCCACUUGACUCUGGUUCCCAAAGAGGUAGCAUCCAAGCCACCUCAGAUGGACACCCUUGCUAGCACUCACCUGGAGUGGCGACAGAAGCUCCACAGCAACUCCAGGAGUCUGGAGGGUCGUAUUGAGGAAGUAGAGGAGGAGUGUGAGCCUGAGCAGGGGACUGCCCAGAAGGGAGUCCCUCAAAAUGGGUCCAGCAGCUCCAUCAAUGGUCCUGCUGUCUGGGGGUCAGACGCGAAAGAACUGAACCCUGCAGGGAAGGGCGAGGGCAACUCCACACCAGGCACCAGCAGCAACAAUAGCACCAGUCAGAAGCAGGCAGGCGUCCGAGCCCAAGAGGGCACACAGUGUGGCAGCAUGCUGGCCAGAGCCAGCUCCAAUCCAGCUCCGCUCACAACCUCUCUAGAGCUUGCUUCAUCAGGGACUGCAGCCAGCACUGACCCCAAACCUCCUCCACCACCUCCCAAAAAACAUCACAGGGUGUGUGGUAAGCUGAGUGCGAGCAGUAUGGAGCUGGACCGUCUCAGCCAGCAGGGGUCAGUAGAGUCUCUGCCUCACUCCCUACGAGGAAUCCACAGCAACACGGCCUCAACCGACAGCCUGCAGGCACUGUCCGACUCUGCUGGUCAGGACUCGACGCUCCGCUCUUGCCCAUCUCCAUUUCCCAGUAGUCCCUUGGCGUCCUCCCCCAGUUCCCCACGGCCUGACCCAUUUCCUAGCAACAGUCUGGGCCGGCAGCUUCAUCCUCCACCACUGCCAGAAAAGAAGCUGGUCAACCGCACUGUGUCGGCUCCGGGGGACUCCGGGGUCAAGGCAGUGGCCCGCGCUCGUCCACGGCUGCCUUUUGGAGGCUCAGAGAGCAAUGUGAGCGGUGGUGACGCUGCAGGACUUCAGCCGUCCAGUCCUGUGGAGCCACGGCCCGUUUCGUCCUCCAGUGACUUGCUGGAUGGCAGCCAGCGUCAGGCCAAGGGCCAGGGGCGUCUAGGGGGCCACAGCCGGGGAAGCGUGACUUCCUGCUCCUCUCCGCAGCUAAGCACCCUGGCGCAGUCCCAUGGUGCGACCCAUGGCACGCCGUCCGGCACGAACCCCAUGGGUUCCACCCUGCAGCUCCACACCCUGCUGAGCAACAUGGACAGCCGGGAGUGUGUCUACUCCAAGCUGGGCGGCCUGUAUGCGGAGUCGCUGCGACGACUGGCGCUGAAGUGUGAAGAACAUUUCACCCGGAGCCAGAAGGACCCGCUGCGCUUUGAUGAGAGCAACUGGUCACUCUUCAAACUGACCUGCAAUAAGGCCAGCUGCCUGGCAGGGGACGCAGUCUACUACUCGGCCUCCUGUGCCUCCGAUGCCAGCAACAUGUAUGCAGUGAAGAUCUGUAAAGGCCAGACAGCUGACGCUAAGCAGGCUCAUCUUUACGGACUGUCCGUCCAGCAGAACAUCCCCCCGCACUUCAACCUGCAGCAGGACUGCGGUCACUUCAUCGCCUGCGUUCCCCAAAGCAUGCUGCCUGGUGAGGACCCCAAAGCCUCUGGCCCCCCUGAGCAGGAGCGGGUGGUGGUCAUCACCCGAGAGGUGCCCCGGCAGAGUGCGGCUGACUUUGUAAAGGAAUGGGCGUCGUUCCACCGGGCGCAGCCGGAGGUGUAUGAACGACGCGUGUGCUUCCUGCUCCUGCAGCUGUGUAAUGGCCUGGAGCACCUUAAGACGCACGGCGUGAUUCACCGUGAUCUCUGCCUGGAGAACCUUCUGCUGGUGCCUCACCGGCGGCCCCUGCAAGCCCCAGAAUCUCCCUCCUCUGCUGAUCCCCAGCAGCAGCACCUGCCCCGCCUGCUCAUCAGCAACUUCUCCAAAGCCAAGCAACGUGGUGGCACCGGUGCCGAAGACUCUGCCCCCCGGGACCACGCUCGCCUGGCGCCGGAGAUUGUCUCUGCAGCACAGUACCGCAAGUUUGACGAGUUCCAGACAGGCAUCCUGAUCUACGAGCUGCUCCACCAGCCCAAUCCAUUCGAGGUGACACCUGCACUCCGUGAGCAGGAAUACCGAGCUGAGGACCUGCCACCCAUUCCUGCUGUCUCCAUCUACUCAGCUGGACUCCAGCGCCUCGCCCGACUGCUACUCCAGCCUGACCCCAUCAAGCGCAUCCACAUUCAGGAAGCCAAGCGGGGGUUGCAGAGCUUAUUGUGGGGCCCGAGAAAGGAGCUCAUGGAGCAGCAGAUGGGACGGCCUGGGAUUGGAGGCAUGUCUGGGAUCGGAACUGGAAACUUGGAACAGCCCAGGCACGACGGCCUCCUAAACUGGCUGGAUGUGAAGAGAGCUCUGCUGAUGAUGAAGUUUGCAGAGCGCUCACUGGAGCCCGAAAGGAACGCCGAACUGGAGGACUGGCUGUGCUGCCAGUAUUUCUCCACUGCACAUCCCAUGUCCCUGUGUCACACUGCUGAACUGCUGUAUUCAAUUAAGGCAUCACACUGAGGACUCUGUGUGGGAUGCACUUGCAAGUAUUACAUCUGUGGAAACAAUGUGUUAGUGGUCACUAUACCUCUUCCUGGAGAUCUACCUUUCUAUAGUCAUGUCCAAGAUCAGGAAAGUAGAUCGCCAAGUGAAAGACUGGGGACCACUGCUUUGUGCUGUGUAUCGUAUUGUAUAGACCAGAGUUUCUCAAACCAGGCCUCAGGGAAUCCCUGAUGGUCCAUCUUUAUGUGUAUGAAACAAGAAUGUGUACCAUCUAUGGAUCUUUGAGAUCUGGUCUGAGAACCACUGGUACAGACGUUCUAAUACUUCCUGGAAACAACAGAAAAUGUGACACCAACUGCCAACAAAUCUGUUAAAACUGCCAUCCAACUUCCGUAUUUUCCUGUUUGAACACUUGCUGCUUCCAACAGUUGUCUGCUUUGGAAAAUGACCCUCCUGUAUUGGAGUGGAGUAUCAAAACAAAGCACACCCUCACUGAGGAACUGGGACUCAGAGACUCAAGGACUCGCAUCUGCAUCUGUAUCUGUAUCUUAUUUAUUCUUUAUUUCAACAAAAGCAAUGAACAAACUCAAAGAAUCUGAAACUCUCUCGCUCUACAGCUUCUUUUUCUUUCUUUUUACCCCAGCUAAGGGAAAAAGGAAGUUUGUUACUAGCAUAGAACUGCUGGGUUUUCAUCACUGACCCUUUUGAUUUCUGUAUUCUGCUAUUGUCUCUUGAUUAGACAAUACAGGGAUCUUCCAAAGGGCUUCCCUUAUUUAGCCUGUUUCCUCAGCAAUUCACAUAUUCUGCAUUGAAGCUACACUUGCGGGAUGUUGUGGGAACUAUUUAUUCAUUGUUUGGCUUGAGCCGUCAGCAGAUUAGACUUCUAGCCAGCAUGAUGUUGCAUGAAUCAGUCCAAACCAUUCACCCCUCCUUUGAAGCUUUGAAAGGAAACUGUGAAACCGUCCAGUGUUUUGGACCAGGAAUCCUGCUCCUGGUGGUCCAAUCUGACCCUGAUCCGGCACACCUGGUUCUGAUGUUGCGUUCUUGAAGUCUUUAAUUAAUCGCAGUGUGUUAGAUUAGGGCUGGAAAAAAGCUUGGCAAGGUAGUAGGUCGCACGGACGGCCAUGUCAGAGUGACCCUCUGGUCCUGUUUUGAAAGCAGAGAGGGAAAGUGGACACUGGCAUGAUCUGCCUUGAGGGACGGUUUCUUCCCAGACCAUUUAACAGUGGACAGCCUCCGUGGAGCCCCGGAGAAAACCUUAUGGGUCAUCCAGUAAACAUCCAGCCCACACGCUGACUCAGCAAAACACUGCCACAAUGCAGAGAGAGAGGGGAGGGAGAAAGGCGAUAGAUAGAGAGAGAGAGAGAGAAGGAGAGGGGAUAUCGGAGACUGUAAACACAGCCGGACACGCGGUUGAUUCUCCUCAUAAAAACCAGCACAGUAAAAACCAGGAGAACAUCUCGUCUGCCUUUUAGGUCAGAGGCACAUAUGGGCUUCAUUAACGGCACUGGUUUUCAAGUUUGUUUGAAAAUGACCUGCUAUAAACCCUUGAAAAGGCAAAUGUACAGUUUCCACCCCUUAACCCGCAUGUAGACAAUCAGCCAAGUUAUGUUUGCUGUCUGAUGCUUUCUUGUUUAGUUUUAGCACAAGGCAAAUAGAUCCCAGUGUCAUACAGUGGCCAAAGAUUUUCUCCAAUCCGAUAAAAUGCAUUCCAAUUUCAGACUAAGACCAGGUGGUUAUUCUCACUCUGCUUAACAUUCUGACGAAAACCUCUGUUUACAUACACUUAAAAUUUUUACUAUGCCGCAAAUGUACAGAACAUGCUUAAACUUUCCGAAUUGGGAAUGUAAUCAAAUGUACAGGUGUUUAAACUGCUAUUCUUCUUCUAUUUAAUGGAUUAUUAAUAGGAUUUCCCAGCUCGUUCAGUCGGAUAGAAAUUGUUUUCUGAAUGGCCUCAAUCAGACUAGUCUUAUAUGAUCGAGGUGUUUACAUUGACGAAUUCUAUUCCGAUUGAGCUAGUAGUCGGAUUACUAGUAGGAUUAUCAGGCUGCAUGUAAACAUGGCUAGUGAGUCUGUUUGAGAUUGCUUAACAGCUCUACACGGUCUGAGGCAAGUGUGUGAUGAUGCAGUUAGUGCCAUGCUGAUCAAUGGCGUGUAAGCCUCCAAAGAAAUGUCUCCAAACAUGUCUUGGCUGAUUGGCUAUUUAUUGAAAGAGAGGAAACUGGCUACGUUAUAUUUUUUAACUUGAGCUGUUUAACCACACACACAUUUUCUAAGCCGCUUCUCCCUCAGGGUCUGGGGGUGGGUUUGGGGGGGCUGGGGUGGCUGUGCUGGAGCCUAUCCCAGCGGUCAUCAGGCGGAAGGCAGGAUACACCCUGGACAGGUCGCAAAAUGCGAUUACUGUUACUUUUGGAAAUAUUAAUUAUUGAUUGUUCUUUCGUCAGCCUUUUGUUCUCUGCGGGGACGAGUGAAGUGAGGGAGCAAGAAACCCUGCUAUAAAUGUACAAAGUAAAUCUCUGAGAAGAGAUGGUGUGAAACUGGAAUUUCACAGAAAAAAAUCUUUUUUGCUUUCUUGUUUUGAAGUGAAAAACUUGUACAUAAACUGUGACGAAAUGGUGGGUCAAGCAGGUCUUAAAGGCUAUUGGUUUAUGGUUUAUCUGAGCCCAUCUGCUCUGGUCACUGGAAUGCCUUUAUUUGUUUAUUUGUGUAUUUGUUUUUUUGUUUGUUUGUUUUGGUCUCGUAUCUGGAGCGGCAUUGCCUGUGCAUGCUUAAGCACCGCAAAACUGUGAGGCUUCUGCACAACGGCCGCAAACAAGGCCACCGACUGCAAGGAAAAUAAAAUAAAAGAACAGUUUGCUCAUUGCUCGAUGCCAAGAUAUAAUGAUGGUGUAACUUUACAGAAACUCUCCGAAUCUUAACGUCCUGUAUUAACCUGCCGUGUACUGUGUACUGACCACUCCGUCUUCAUCUACCAAUAAACUGUAAAUAUGUUUUCACUCA